AUGGCGGCCGCUCCCCCACCGCCAGCGCUGCCGCCCCCGCCUCUCCCCCCUCCUCCUCCCCCCUUAGCGGCUUCCACCCCCAUCAAAGUGCGAAGUAAGAAGAGACCGGCCAGUCCCGGCACCAGCAGCGCCGCCAAGAAAAAGAAACUCGGACAGAUUGGAGUAUUAGAUACCAUUGGUGAAAGUAAAACUUUGGCGACAGAUUCCAGCCCAGGCCAUGGAGAGCCAGCUGCAAAACCUCCGGUAUUUAAGGACCCAAACUUUAUUCAUUCUGGCAUCGGUGGAGCGAGUGUUGGGAAGAAGAGCCGAGUUUGGAAAAAUCUGAAGCAAAUCCUUGCAGCAGAGAGGACAUUACCAUGGAAACUGAAUGAUCCUAACUAUUGCAGCAUUGAUGCUCCACCGUCCUUUAAACCAGCUAAAAAGUAUUCGGAUAUUUCAGGACUUCCUGCCAAUUAUACGGACCCACAAAGCAAGCUACGUUUUAGCAGGAACAGAUUGGAGAUCUGGUCUGAAGCCCCAACUGAAGAUUUGCUGCUGUAUUGCUGCUUUCCUGCAGAGAGAGAAAUAUUUGAGGACAAAUGGACUUUUGACAGUCUUGAAGGGAGAAGAGACACGGCAUAAAUAUGCUGGUUCCAGAAUCUGGAGGUGUGGUAACAAACUGUCUCCUGAAGGACACCUGUGAGUGCAGUUGAUCUGUUUGUUUAUGAAACAGAUGCAGUAGAGGAAUAAAGAAAUCCUAAAGUAA